GUGGCGCCGCUCCAUUAUAAGCCAACUUUACAAGCAUUUUUUUCAGGAAGUUCAGAGUAACGCUUAAUAAAAGCACGUGUACGUCGCGAAAAAAAAUUCUUUCGUCGUUGAUAAUAUCGCUUUAUUUUUCGAUAAAUUUUGUAGCAAUGCCAAUCAAUUCAGAGAAAACUAUUUUCUCAUUUGUUCAUAUUUAAGUUUUAGUUUUACUCAAUUUUUAAUUUUAAUUACUAAAAGAAAAUUAAAUUACAAUUACUUGUAUUUCAGUCUUUAUAUGUGUGCUACUAAUAUUGUAUUUUUCUAAUUGUUUUUUAACAUUUUUUAAUAUACGUAUGUGUAUGUGUAUGCAUUUAAUAUGCAUAUGCGCAUAAAAUCAUCCCGUAAAUCUCUCUGCUCUUUAAUUUAAAGAUUAAUUCUAAAAUAUUCUAUGAAUUUUAAGUUAAAAUUAUUAAAUCCGAUGCGUAUAUUUUUCAAAAAAUGUUUAAUUGGUUUUAUCGUAGUUGCACAUUUUCUUCUUCGAAGGUAUCAACGCACAACCGUCCAACGUAAAAUUAAUCGCGAUUUCGAAACACCUCGAAGUCGUCGACUGUCUCACAUGAACAUAAACCAAUGUUAACGCUCGGUCGUCUCACAGUCCAACCAAAAAGACUACGAAAUUAAAAUUCUCUUCGAGAUCAUCCCUCUCGAAAAUCUCGCAGAUCUAUUUGCAAAUCCAACUGUCAUUGAUCGUGCCACGUUAUCGUGUAAAGCCGGGAUAAUGCUGAGCGAAGCGGUCGCGAUAAAUCCUUCAGAAAAGUCGGAAGACCAUUCAUCAAAUACUUCAAGAAAAUCAGCUGCAUUGAGUACCGGAAAUAAAAUUAAAAGUAAAAUUCCGACAAAUCUUUUUGGACGAAAUGGCAUGCAAGGCGACUCGGCGAGUCAUCCAACAUAUGAGGAGACUUUCAGCGGGAUUAGCUCCAACAACAACUCUGCUCGUCGACCGAGCAUAAGGAUUCUGAGUGCGUCUAAAAAGCCGACCCACACGGUUCCCGCGGACAAACGUCAGCUGGAAAUACAAUACAAAACAAAAAGAAUGCGAUACGCGAAUCUGAAAAAGACGCUCAUCAAUAAGCAAAAACUCGCGCAAGAUCUGUACGACGAGAUGUCGAGUUUGCGGGAGAAGAUAAUCACGGCCAGUGGCAAGGACCCCGGCAAGAUUGAGGAGCUGAGAUCGGCACAAGUGGAGUGUCCCAGGCAAAGCCCGCCGACACCGACGAGCUCGCGGCACGACUGCACCGAGCAGCAGGAGCCAAUCUGCAUGGACGAGUCGGUGGUAAUCGGUAUGUCGCUGUUGCAAAAUCAGCUGCGGGAUCUUCACGACCGCUCCGAAAAGAUCUGUCAGCGUGCCCUGGACAAGAGCUCGUCGUUCGCAUCCCUCGUCAAGUUCUGGCUGACAGAAUCGAGCCGACAGGACGAGUCGGGCAACCUGUUGGUCCCGGUGAAUUAUUCGGAGGUAGAGGCGCAGCAGGCGAACUUCACGCGAGACAAUGAGGAGAUGAGAACGCAGCUGGAUGAUCUGAGAGCGGCCCAAAAGGACUUUGUCGCCGAAUUUGCGAUGAGAUCCUCGAGUCUGCGUAGCGAAUACGACAAUUAUCGCGGGCGUGUGAAGGAGGAGCGGUCGAAUGUCGAUCGCGGGGACUUGCUGCAGGAGCAACUAAACGUCACCCUGGAGGAGCUCAAGGCGGAACGUGACAAGGCGAAUCAGGGGAAGGAUAGGGUGAGGCUGAUGGAGAUACAAAUACAAAAAGCGCGAACGAAGAUUCGCGAGCUGGAGGGGCACGUGGCUAACGAGGAGGUGAAGUCGCAACAGCUGCAAAACAGCGUAAAGUCAUUGGAGGCUCAGUUAAAGCAGAAGGAUCAGGCGAUGGAGCUAAGGAUGAAGGAUAUGCACAAGGUGAUGAAGACCAGUGAAGGCCUUGUGGCGAAGAUGGAGAAGCAACGCGACAGUUACGAGUCACGGAUGCUAGAGCUCAAAGAAACGUUGACUCGCAAGGAAACGGAAGCAAAUGCUACGAUUAAAGAAUUAUCGGCAAAAUAUGAUACGAUCGAAGCAGAAAUCGUCGAAGAGAGAGAAAAGAGGCUACAAGCCGAGAGCGCUCUAACUGAAAUAGAAGAACGUUACAAGCAUCUCGAGGAGAAGAGCCAGCUGCUCUGCGACCUCGCGAGUGAGAAGAGCAAUAAUAUUACUGUCACAGAUAAUGGUCAUACGCAGAACGAGAUUUGCUUGUAUAACGAUUUGAUGGCGGCCCGGGCCGAGCUAGAUAGACAGAGGGAGAAGAUUGAGCAACUCGAGAGGGAGAAGCAAGAGAUUGUCGCUGUGAUGCAUCAGGCGGCAAGUCGCGAUAACGAAGAUGAGACGAAGGGUAAAUUGGCCGCCGAACUUGUGACCAAGACUAAUGAUCUUCAAAAUUUGAUGCUAGAGCACGCUCGGCUCCAGAAGAUCGCCAGAUUCGCGCAAGAGAGAAAUGAAGUACUGGAGAACCAGUUAUCUGAGAUUCAGCAUAGUCUUCAGGCAAGAUUGAAAGAAAACGGUAAAUUCCAAGGAUUCGAAGCUGUAGAGCUUCAACAGCAGGUCAUCGACCUGCGAAACAGCUUGGCCGAGGCUACUCAGCAGAAUCAAGAGCUGGAGACCACCUUAACGCAGAAGCAACUGGAGUUGGAGCAGCGCGAUCGAGUGAUGCGCGAACAGAGCAAAUUUCUCAAAGUCCGGGAUGAGUUGCUCAGCCUUCUCAAAGGAAAGCAGGCGAAUGAGACAAAUCCUAACGAAAAUUACGAAGAUGUCGAUGAAAUCAAUAAACAGAUCGCAGCGAAAACAGAAGCGAUACAGGAACUGUACGUCACAUUGGAGGGUAAACAGAUGCAAGUAAUGCGAUUGGAAAAGCUGGUGAAACUGCUGGAGGAUCAGCAGGACCGCGCACAGGCACAGCGUACGCGACUCGAGCAUCGCAUCGCGCAGCUGGAAGUGAGCUUGCGGGAGAAGAGCAGAAACGACAACAGUCGGUAUGUCGCAAGAAGGUAUUCGCGUAAACCUCGGUCAAACAUCGUCGACGACAGAUUAUCACGCACUUUUUCUUGCGAAUCGAGACGAGCAUUGCUGGAGGCAUCUGUGCCAAAGUUUCACUUCGCCGAUACGCAUUCGCGCGUAAGCUUAAAAUCCCCGCGGUGUCGAUACUUCUCGUGUUACAUUCCGCCUGCAAAGAGUUCGGAUCCUCCGUCAGGAAAGUUUCUUAACAACUGGUGUCGCGUUUCUUCCGACAAGAAAGAGGCCUUCAUUUGCGAGCAAUGUCGGCGGGAAGUUAGCGAGAAAUUCAGGGAUGACGUAAUCCAUCACGCUGGAAACCAUCGCAUUAGGAGGUCUCUUUACAGUUGGUUGAUGGAUUCCUCGGUUUUGGAAGCUUUCGGCGAACCAACGAAUCGCGUGAACAAAUUUCACGCUGAGCCCAUCAGCUCGUCUGAGGAAGACGAGGAUUGCUUCCUUGUUAAUCCUAUAAUUUAUGAUAACACGAAGGAUUGCAGCAGGAAACCGCGUCGAUGUCGGGAGCAACAUUGUUAUCGAUAUCGCGGUCGCCUGCCAAGACGGUCUCUUCACGAUGUCUCUCUUCGACGAUGUAAUCCAAUUAUUCGCACGACAUAAUGCGCCAUUGUUUCUCAUAUAAUUCGUGCAUUACAAUGCGUCUUAUUAUAUUCAUGUUAUAAUUAAUCACUUCAUCCUGAAUAAUAUAAUAGAAAAGUAUUCCUAAAAGAUACGAUUGUAAUAUUUUGCCAUAAAUGACAAAAUAUAUUUUCUUUUAAAUUAUAUGACCGCUUUGCAUUGACAAUUAACUUUUUAUUCAUUAAUUCAAUAAGUUAUAAUAACAUAGUACUUGCAAAUAUCUAUUAUUUUACUAAAUUAAUCGUUGUCAUUACGAAUACAAAUAAGCGGGCGUUAUUAACACACUCGAGACAGAUCAGUUUUACACGAAUUUUUAUUUGUAUAUUUUAUUUCAUUGUAUCAUUAAAACAUUUUUUGUUUCAAAUGUGUUAAUUAUGACCUGUUUUGAUAGGCUAGGUACUCAUUGCUGCAUUGUAUCGAUAUCGAUGUAAUUCGACGACAGAAUUUCUUACAGAGUGCCUAGCCUUGCAAACAGAUUGAUUUUUUUUCUGUAGUUUUGAUAAUUGAUCUUUUAUGUUUUAGGAGUAGAGCCUUCGGCAUCCUGUAAGAAACUCUGUAAUUGUCGACACAGCCUAUAAACAUCAACAAUUGCGACUACACUGGAUUUAACAAGAAAUUAUUUACAAGUGCAUAAUAUCUAAUCCACGUGUACAUUUAAAAUAAUAUGUAAAAUGUACAAAAUUGCACGUAAUAUAUACAUAUUUUAAAACAAAUACCAUGUUUAUACAAACACGUUUUUGUAGACCCCAUUUGUUUUGUAUAACAUUUGUUCUAUUAAAUAAAAAAUAUAUAUGUAUAUAUACAU